CACGUUCAAAUCGUACAUUCUCGCAGAGUGUGCUAUCACUCGAAACGAAUCUCGUAAGUGCUUCAUAGUCUUCUGAAUUUCAACGUAGUUUCUCGCGACUUUUGCCGUAACUUUGUAGAAAUAUAUAGUACGAAAGAUGGCAGAGAACAUUAGUCGAAUUCAAGCAUUCAAAAACAAGGGGAAAGACUCUUCGGAGAUGCGAAGAAGGCGCAAUGAAGUCUCUGUGCAGCUGAGAAAGUCAAAGAGAGAUGAGAAUGUGCUAAAACGAAGAAAUAUAACAGAUGUUGACUCCACCAGUCCCCUCAAAGAGCACAACAAUCAACACUCUGUGCCAAUUCAGAUUCUUCCAUUACCAGUAGUUGUAGGGAACCUGCAGUCAGGAGACGAUAAUUUGAUGUUCACUAGCGUCCAGUCAGUAAGGAAGAUGCUUUCAAAAGAGAAAAGCCCGCCAAUUGAUGAUGUGAUUAAUGCUGGCCUCAUUCCAAUGCUUGUCAAACUGUUGGACAGAUUUGAUCUUCCCUUGCUACAAUUCGAGGCAGCCUGGGCCCUUACGAACAUUGCCUCAGGAACAUCGGAACAGACCAAGGCUGUCCAGGAAGGAGGGGCAGUGCCCAUGUUUGUGAAGCUCCUGUCUUCUGUACAUGACAAUGUAGCAGAGCAAGCUGUGUGGGCCCUGGGGAACAUCGCUGGCGAUGGACCUCUGAUGAGAAAUACUGUGAUUGCCUGCGGCGCACUUGGCCCUCUUCUUGCCCUGAUCAAGCCCUCCACAUCAAUUCAGUUCCUGCGAAAUGUGACCUGGACGCUGUCCAAUCUCUGCCGUAACAAGAACCCUCCUCCAGAUGUUACAGCGGUGCAACAGGUUCUGCCGGCGAUUGCCCGCCUUAUCCUCAGUGAUGAUAAAGAGGUUUUGGCUGAUACCUGUUGGGCGUUGUCGUACCUCACUGAUGGGGUGAAUGAGAGGAUUCAGCUGGUCCUGGAUUCUGGUGUCGUACCAAAGCUUGUAGAACUCCUAGGAUAUCCUGAAGUCAACGUGCUGACUCCUGCUCUGAGGGCAAUUGGAAACAUAGUUACAGGUCGUGAUGACCAAACUCAGGCUGUGAUAGACACAGGAGCUCUGUUCUACUUCAGAGCUCUUCUAACUCACAAGAAGUCCAACAUUAUUAAGGAGGCAGCAUGGGCCAUCUCAAAUGUAACUGCAGGAACAGCACAGCAGAUCCAGGCUGUCAUGGACAGUGGUCUUGUCCCCCUUAUAGUGGACAUUCUCAGAAGGGGUGACUUCAAGGCCAGGAAGGAAGCUAUUUGGGUCAUCACAAACUACUGUUCUGGUGCCAACCCAGACCAGGUGAAAUACCUUCUGCAUUGUGAUGUGAUCCCACCCUUGUGUGAACAGCUCAAGAUACAAGAUCAAAAGGCUAUCCAAAUUCUUCUGGAUGGUUUUGAAAGUUUGCUGGCGAGUGCUUCCAAGAUCGAGGGCAUGUUGGAUGACACGUUGGACAAGAUUGAGGAGAGUGAAGGAAUUGACCAUCUGGAGAAACUGCAAGAAAACGGCAACAAGCAGAUCUACCUAAAGGCUAAGGGGCUUAUCGAGAGGUUCUUCUCUGACGAGAAUAUCGAAGAGGAAAACAACCUUGUACCGGAAGUGAGUAACACGGGGUUCCAGUUCACUCCUCCCCAGUCCAUCCCCGCCACAGGCUUCAACUUUGGUUCCUGAGUCACGUGAAACUACUGCGCGUGUACAUGCAUUCGCGCACAGAGCUAAAACAGAAAGGACGCAAUGCGAGUGAGGAACAAGAAAAUGUGAAUUAUCUGUAUGAUUGAAUGGAGAUGCGGGGAAGAUGUUUCAGGCCUUGAUUGGAAUGCAAUUCUUCGGGGGUGUUCUUUUCUGUACAAAUGGGGCUUUUUGUGUUGAUAUCAUUUGUAUAAGAAACUCGAUCUGAAAACACUAUUUACCAGAGAGCACACUUGGCCUUUGUACAAAGUGGGUGGUUUGUAAAUUUUGUCAAUUUGUCAAGUUUGUCAAUUUUGUAAGAAAAAUAAUCCAACUCGUACAGUAGAAAUCUAUGGAAAUUCCCCGGUGUAACACUGGAGUAUUAUAAUCCUGCGCGAUCAUCUGUAUUUGUCAGGUGACAUGAGGAGUAUAGAGGGAUAGAGAGGAGUGUAUAUAUAUCGCAGACUCAGAUAUCUGUCACUAAUAAAUGACAUUGAUAUGCAUA